AUAUCCACCAUAAUUUUGUCUGUGAUGUUCCAGUAUAGGAUAAAGUAGCAAUAGCAUAUCCAGGAUCGUGGUUGCGAUAAUCGAUAUUUUACUGUGGUCACCUUGCGUAAAUUAUUGUAAAAACCAGCAUUCGCGGAGAAAUUUGAGAUACACAAUAAUAAAAUUCUCGCAGGGUACUAUUAUAUUCCAAAGUGUACCCGAGUCGCGUAAUAUUUAUCACUAAUUGUUCAAAAUUAAUCCAAAAGUGGUAAUUAUGAUUAAAUCUAUGCUAAUAGGCUUACUUGCUGUAUACGCUGGAUACAAAAUCAGAACUUCAGUUAUAACGACGAAGAUUGAAGAAGAAUAUGAUUUUAUAAUCGUUGGAGGCGGAACUACAGGAGCAGCAGUUACAUCAAGACUUUCAGAGGAUCCAAAUGUCAAAAUUCUAUUAUUAGAAGCUGGAAAAUCUGAUUUAUCAAUUCCAGCCAUUCGUGUUCCUUCAAUCGAACCAAUUCAGAUGACAACAGCUGAUUGGAACUAUAAAACUGUUCCUCAGAAAUAUGCUGCGCAAGGACAUCUAGGGCAGGUGGACAGGCUUCCCACAGGCAAAAUAUUAGGUGGAACAAGUUCAAUGAAUCAUAUGAUAUAUCAUAGAGGAAGUCCACAUGAUUAUGAUUCAUGGGAGGAUAAUGGAGCAAGAGGAUGGGGGUGGAUCGACGUCAGAAAGUAUUUUAUUAAAGCAGAAGGAUCUGUAGAUGAGAGUUUGUCAAAAAAUUUAGGCAGAUAUGGCCCAAUACCUCUACGCAAAAUACACUUGAGACCUAAGCUCAAUCAAAUAAUAGAAGAAGCAGCAACUGAAAUAGGAAUUUCCAAAACGGAUUAUAUCGACAAACUCGAAGGUUUUUCGGAUGUGGCUGCAACAAUUCGUCAAGGUUUAAGGAUGAAUUCGAUAGAAUCCUAUAUCAGAAGUCAUUUUCCAGAGAGGAAAGAUCGGUUGCAUAUUGCUAUUGGGGCAUACGUGACCAAUGUUCUUUUCGCCGAAAACAAGAGUAUGGACGAAGUUCCUCGGGUAGUAGGAGUAAAAUUCAUCAAAAAUAACAAAGAGAUGAUAGUGAAGGCGCGCAAGGAAGUCAUAAUAUCUGCAGGUGCUUAUGCAACUCCAAAAAUUCUUAUGCUUUCUGGAAUCGGACCAAAGCAGCACUUACUGGAAAAGGGAAUACCAGUGAUUGCAAAUCUUCCCGGAGUUGGUUCAAACUUGCAGGAUCACGUAAGAAUGCUUCAUCUCAUGUAUUCUAAUAAGUUACCUAAAGAAUCUGUCAUCACCAAAAAAGAAAUGCAACAAAGCGUUUCAGAAUAUUUAGCUAACGGUACCGGUGCCCUUACAUCAAACUUCAUCUCAUCCUUCAUGCAUUUUCGAACAAAACUUGCCGGCACUUCGACAAGCUCCAGUAAAAGGAAACGCCCGUUUCCAGAAAUUCAGAUGGCCGUGUUUCCUGCCGAAUCAACAGUACGAGAUUUCACUGGUGGCACUGAAGUUACGGCUUAUAACGCAACUUUAUAUUUACCUGAAAUCCGCGAAGCACUAGCUAUACGAAAUGGAGUUCUUGCAAGUUUUGGCCUAGUUGCGGGAUUGCUUCAUCCUAAAUCUACUGGAACAGUCAGACUAAACACUAGCAACCCUCUUCAGCAUCCUCUUAUUGAUCCGAGAUAUUUAUCCCACGAAGACGACGUAAAGAUUUAUACAGAAGGUCUCAAGGUAAUAGAAAAACUGUUGGAUAGUGAUACAUUCAGACGUUUUGAAAUCAAACAGGUUAUGCAACCGUUUUGCGACACAACUGAAAAUAACCGAUUUCCAAGGAGUUCAGAGUUUUACAAAUGCUGGUUAGAAAAUUCGGCAGUGACCGAAUAUCACCCAUGUUGCACAGCAAAAAUUGGAGCAAAGUCUGACGAGUUGGCUGUGGUCGAUGAAAGACUGAGGGUUUACGGCGUUAAUGGAUUAAGAGUAGCAGAUGCUUCGGUGAUGCCUCAUCUAACUUCUGGGAACACACAAGCACCUUGCUAUAUGAUUGCUGAGAAAGCUUCAGACAUGAUAAAAGAAGAUUGGUCUAUGAAACUACCAAGGCAUUAGCGACAAAUGUAUCAAUUAGACAUGUGAAUUAUCGGUUGUUACUACGCGUUUCCCAAAGCAGUUUUAGCGUCAUCUUGUAAAUAUAUGGAAAAUUUGACAA